UAAUAAAAGGGUAAAAUUGAAGGCAAAAACUAGGAAAGUGUGAUACACAUGCACCAGAAAUGUGCAUCUCAAAAUAAACAUUUUGAUUUCUGCCGAAGCAAGGGAGAACCACCACUAUAUAAAGUGCUAUGGGGAGGCAACCUUGUUGUGACAAGUUUGGAGUGAAAAAAGGGCCUUGGACAGCUGAGGAAGACAAGAAGUUGGUCAAUUUUAUUCUCACACAUGGCCAAUGUUGUUGGCGUGCAGUUCCUAAGCUUGCUGGUCUCCGCCGCUGUGGCAAGAGCUGCCGUCUCCGUUGGACCAAUUAUCUCCGCCCGGACUUGAAGAGAGGCCUUCUUAAUGAAGCGGAGGAACAACUCGUCAUUGAUCUUCAUGCCCGUCUAGGCAACAGGUGGUCCAAGAUUGCUGCAAGGUUGCCUGGAAGAACAGAUAACGAGAUCAAGAAUCAUUGGAAUACCCACAUCAAGAAGAAGCUUAUUAAGAUGGGGAUUGAUCCAGUCACACACGAGCCUCUCCAUAAACAAGCCAACCCAGAAGCAGCACCUUGUAAAAAUAUUAAAUACGAUGGUGAUCAGCAGGAGAUACCAAACAAUAAUUACGCCCAAGCCUCCUCAUUCUCCAGCGACAGCUCUAGCACCACCCUGACUGAAUCAUCGGAGCCUGUUAGCGACGAUGAUCCUCUGAUGAGUUACAUACUGUCAAACACUUUUCUCGAAGAUUCAACAUGGGAUUUUCAUUUUCCUGUAAUGAGAGAAGAAUAUUGUGAAUUUGGAAUGUCCUCAUCAGAGGGUAUCGGAGAUGACUACUUUGGACUUGGCCGAUUCAAUGAUGUGGACUUGAGUGCAUUAGACAUGAGCAACAAGCAUUAACAAGGAAUUAUUAUAAAUGCCUGGGAGUUCCAUUUUGUUCCUUGAUUUCGUUAUUUUGAACUUGUAGUCUUUGUUUUACAUUUCAUUUCUUCAUAAGAUAAUGUAUAAUUAGAGAAUAAUGUAGGUAAUAAUGAUUAAGCAGUUAUGACCCCGCUCUUAAAGUUGAAAGAGUUGAGUGGUUGAAGCAUAGAAGUGUGUGUGUCUGCAUAUGAAAGAGAGAAUUAAAGGAAAGCUGAUAUGACAUGUUAACAUGCAUGGUUUUUUUAGUGCA